GUUGUUAUUGCUUGCUGUUUGUCAUUGUUUUUUUGCUGUUUGCUGUCUGAGAUUCCUUGUUUCCAGUCAUCCAAAUGCUCCGACUCUGGCUCCUGAGCACCGUGCUGCUCGUCGCGUGCACUGCGCUCGCUGCAGCCGACCUGGCACUCUUGGACAUGACAAGACCGACCUCCAGUCACAGCGAGGACACGGACACGUUCUGCUUUGUGUACAACCCGGCCUUUGCGAAUCUGGCGCUGCGGUCGGAAACCCCGACAAUGGCAGUCGUCCAGGCGACUCCCGCCGACGCGUGCACCCCGCUGCUCGGGAAUGCCACGCUGCUGUAUGCUGGCCGCGCCGUGCUGGUCGACCGCGGCAACUGCACGUUCGGCGACAAGGCAAAGCAGAUCCAGGAGGCGGGCGGUCUGCUGGUCGUCGUCAUCAACACGGACGACAGCGCAUUCGUCCCGGGCGGAAACGCGUCCGUCUAUGCUGAAGUGCACAUCCCAGUUGGCAUGCUGGCGUCGAGCGACGGUCGCACGCUGGUCGCCGCCGUGCAAGCCGGGUCUGCCAAUCUGCGCGUCCAAGUGCGCACGCCGUCCAUGCCAACCAUCGAUCCGAGCUUCUUUGUCAUGUGUCUCAUUGCGAUGGUCACGACGGUCGCAGCCACGUACUGGACCAACCACGAAGAGCGCGAGCAGCUCCGUCUGCAGCGCAAGCGCAGGAUUGAAUCUGCCGGCGACGAGUCCGAUCCACUGAACAGCUCAGACGGAGCUCGCCCGGCAUCCUCGCAGCAGCGAGCUCAGGCAUCGCUCGUUCGCGCCGCAGAGCACACAUCCGAAGCGUCGCACCUCAGUCUCAGUCUGCGCAACGUGCUCAUUUUUCGUAGCGUUCGCCAUCACGGUCAAUUCUGCUGAUGGUACUUUUUUGU